AUGGCCUCGGCCCAUGUGAUGAAGGACGACCCGGAGCCGGUGCCGAAGAUGCAGCCGGCCAUGAUGAUGUUCUCCAGCAAGUACUGGUCCAGGAGGGGGCUGUCGCUGGACUCGGCCAUGUUCGACCAGCAGCAUCAGCAGCAGCAGAGACACACCAGGGGACAGAUGUCGAGACGUCCGUCCUUCUGUCCCAUCAACGAGAAGCCAGACAAAGAGGGAGCAGAGGAUUCUGGGAAAACAGCCGUGGUGUUCUCUCUGAAGAACGAGGUCGGCUGUUUGGUCAAAGCUCUCAGACUGUUCCAGGAGAAGAGGGUGAACCUGAACCACAUCGAGUCUCGGGUGUCGAGGCGGGUUCCUAACGAGGUGGAGAUCUUUGCAGACUGUAGCUGCAGCAAGAAGGAGUUCAACGAGCUGCUGGAAAACCUCAAAGACCAUGUCAACAUCGUGUCCUUCAACACACCGGAACAUGUCUGGGCUGCUGAGGCAGAUGGAGAAGACGUUCCCUGGUUCCCCAUGAAGAUCUCUGAGUUGGAUCAAUGUUCUCACAGAGUUCUGAUGUACGGUUCUGAGCUGGACGCUGAUCAUCCUGGCUUCAAAGACAACGUCUACCGCCAGCGCAGGAAGUACUUUGUGGAGGUGGCCAUGAACUACAAGUUCGGACAGCCCAUCCCUCGGAUCGACUACACCCCGGAGGAGGUGAGGACGUGGGGCGUCGUGUUCAGAGAGCUCACCAAACUGUACCCGACUCACGCCUGCAGAGAAUACCUGAAGAACCUGCCGCUGCUCACCAAACACUGUGGCUACCGGGAGGACAACAUCCCCCAGCUGGAGGACGUCUCCCUGUUCCUCCGAGAGCGUUCUGGCUUCACGGUCCGUCCAGUAGCAGGUUAUCUGUCUCCCAGAGACUUCCUGGCCGGUCUGGCCUUCAGAGUGUUUAACUGCACGCAGUACGUUCGUCACAGCACCGACCCGCUUUACACACCAGAACCAGACACCUGCCACGAGCUGCUGGGUCAUGUUCCUCUGCUGGCUGAUCCAAAGUUCGCCCAGUUCUCCCAGGAGAUCGGACUGGCUUCACUGGGAGCGUCGGACGAGGACGUCCAGAAACUGGCCACAUGUUAUUUCUUCACCAUCGAGUUCGGACUCUGCAAACAGGACGGUCAGCUGAGAGCUUAUGGAGCGGGCCUGCUGUCAUCGAUCGGAGAACUCAGACACGCUCUGUCCGACCAGGCCUGUGUGAAGAUGUUCGACCCGAGGACGACCUGCAACCAGGAGUGUCUCAUCACCACCUUCCAGGAUGUUUACUUCGUCUCCGAGAGCUUCGAGGAGGCCAAAGAGAAGAUGAGGGAGUUUGCGAAGACGAUAAAGCGCCCGUUCUCGGUGUACUACAACCCGUACACCCAGAGCGUGGACCUGCUGAAGGACACGCGCAGCAUUGAGGACGUGGUUCAGGACCUGCGCAGCGACCUGACCACCGUCUGCGACGCUCUGGGCAAGAUGAACACCUACAUGGGCAUCUGA